UACCUACCAUUUUUUUUCUCCACACUUUUUUGAUACUCCGAUAAAUUUAUGACGUUCCACUUAUUCUCUUUUCUGAUUGGAUCAAAUUUUGAGCCAUUUUUCCUCCGCGAAGGGACAGGUCCUUGCUGUGGGGAGACGAUUUUUUUUUGUUGAAUUUUUUUUUUUUCAAAGGCUUGGCAAUCAGAAGGCUUUGCACGCAUAAAAAAAAUAAGCAAGCCAGGAACGUUGGCCUAUUGAAGGGUUGGGAAGUGUCAUGGCUCGUGUUCAUCUGUUUUCCAUAUCGCCCCGUAACAAGCAAACAGGCGACUAUGCCCAUCAACUUGCACAGCAAAAUAGGCCGCCACCACCCAAAACCGAAAAUCUCACGGUCGACGAAACCCACUCUCUGGAUAUCACAGCGGUACCUUCACCUAGUUCGGCCGCUAUUUCUCCGCAUCAUUCCCCUCGAAUACAAUCCACAGAUGCGCUCUUGCGCAGUCGGCAAGAAGAUGCCACCAACAAUAAUACCGCGGCUCUCACCGCCGCCUUGUUACAAAAUACCCCAAGUAACGCUGACCUGGUGGGCGCCAUGGCAGCGGUCUUGGUAAGCAAACCAAGCACAUUACAGAAUCUGCGAGAUCGUGCUGAACAAGCCUCGGUGACCGAGACCAAGGGCAAACAACAAGAGCAGAGCACCGAUUUGAUGGAACAAGCCGCGGCCGCAACCGCUCUCCAGUUAUUGGGUUUGGCCCAGACUCAAGCCAAACGUGCAAUACCCACUGAGACCACCAGCGAAGAAUAUAAUCAUAUAGCCGAAGCAACGGAAGCGUUGGAAUCGCACGAUGACAUCAAUUACAAGCGUGGUAGUUGGACUCGGGAAGAGGACGAGCUUUUACUGAUAGGUAUCAAGCGGCACGGAUACGGUCGGUGGAAAGAGAUCGCCAGUACCAUCCCUGGACGAAAAGGCAAACAAAUCAAACAACGCUGGGAUAAUACUUUGGCCGCAAAAUACGUGGAUCGCGAAUGGCUUCAAAACAAAAUGAAAGCCGAUGAAGAACACCAGGCCACCGAAGAUCCUCAUCGACCAUCCACCUCCCCACUGCGAUCGCUUUCCCCGCCGACGACGGAUGUAAAGCCGGCGGUGGCAUCGUCCUCAACGGCGUCGACGUCGGCAGCACCACCAUCAUCAUCAUCACAAGAACCCGAGGAUAAAUCGUUGAAAUUAUUGGAGCCGAGUGAUUUUUAUGAGGUUAUCCAAAGACUGGCCGAGAAAGCUAGGGAUGCGAAUCAGGAAACGUUGGAAGCGUUGGUGUCUCAGGCCCUACUGAACGGGGUGGCAUCGACCGCCGCAGCCGCAGUCAACGCGACAUCGACAUCGUCAUCUACAUCCCCAACGGCCUCCUCUUCCCCUUCAUCUACUGCUGCCGCUACUUCGGCGGCUCCCGCGUUACCUCGACCUCCAGCACCGACGUUCAAUUUUGCAGAUGCAGCAGCUUUGGCAUUUUACGCUCAACAAUUGCAGCAACAAAGCAACCAAGAUAAUACCAAUUUCCUUCUUACCAAUCCCUUCCAGAAUGAUCAAAAUGGUCUUAACACAUCCAGUACGGUUCAAUCCUCCGAUAAACGACUUCAUAAGCGGAAACGAUCCGAUCCGGCUUUAGCCGAAACCCAAUCGGCCGCCAUGUCCAUCUAUGCAUCCUCUGCUCCCAUCACGACGACCGUUGACAACGAAACUCACACGGUAUAUCCAUGCCUCUUCCCAAAUUGUGGCAAAACGUUUGCCCGACUCUACAAUCUCAAAAGUCAUUCCCGAACCCACACGGACGAUCGUCCUUUCUCUUGUCACAUCUGCCACGCUGCAUUCAGCCGAAAUCACGAUCUGAAACGUCACGUUAAAAUCCAUGGCGGUGAAAAACCGUACCACUGUGCGGGAUGUGAUAAAACAUUUUCAAGGUUGGAUGCUUUAAAACGACAUAAAAGCAAUCAGCGUAGUAAACCGGCAUGUAUGGGCGCUUGAUUUAUAUCAUUCAGUACAGUGAGUUUUUUUUUCCGUCCAAAGAAGAAAUGCGUGUUUCCCAGCGCUACUUGUGAUUUUUUGUGGUUGAUAUGGUGUGUUUUCUCCUAUUCUUUGAAAACAUGGAAACAAAGAAAAAAUAAUCACGAUAAAACAAUGACAAGUAUACAAUAAACAUUAAUGAGCAAACAAGGCAGCCAGGCAAGAGGGAAAAGAAAACUGGAGCGAAAGACAAUAGCUAGGUAAUAAUAGGAAAAAAAAAAAGACAAAAACAGAGAGCAAGUGAUGGUGGGGGUGAUG